UAGAAUCGCGAAAAUCAACAUGUCUCUGUAAAUAUACGUCUUUAAGUCUAAUAUGGUGGAUGAACGAGGUAUAUACUUUCACUGGCGAACUUAUCAACGAUCAUCUUGGACAACACGACGCUGAAAGUAAUAAUUCCUCUCAAGUACAGCCAUAUUGCCCUUUUUGUUUUCCACCACCAAGAGAAUUUACCCUUCCGUUUCGACAAUUUUGGCUUUGGAUUGAAUCGGCAGGAGCUUGUGCAUAUAAUCGCAUCACGCAGCAAACAUUUGGCGAGUUAAUUUCAUACGAUUACAAGGAGGUACACCCAUCAAUUAUCAGACAACGAAUAACUCGGGCGUUUGAACAAAACAUUCACAUUGAUCAAGAAGACGAGGAAUUUUCCGACGAUCAUUAUUCCGAGACCGUUGACACUGAAACGCAGACACAAAAAGACUAUCCGAGAAACGGCUCAGAAGAAUCGAUAAUUCACGAGGAG